GGGAAAUUUGUUUCCUGUCAAUAAGGCGACUCGAGCAAAAUAUAAUGUACCAAUUGCGAAAUUGCCAAAAGAAGAACAAUUUUCUUGGAGCUACCGUUUUAAAUAUAUUCUUUAUCCAGCAUUUACAACAGACAUUUCACGUGCUUUAAUAAGACGCACUCAUCGUUUUCCUGAGAGAUGGUCUUCGUUUAACCAAAUAACUAAAGCUUACCAUUUGUACUUCAAAACACCAACGGGCAUCGACCAUUGGGAAGACGAUCAACAUUUUGCUCAGCAAAGACUUAAUUGGUGUAACUGGUCGUUAAUAGAGAGAGUAGUGAGCAAAGCUGUGCUCCAAAAAAUGAUGACGGUUGAUGAGAUUCGACUGAACAAGCUCAUGAGUGAGGGAAUCGUUGAGAUGAUAUCUCAAGAUCGAUUGUUCGUCACAAACCUCAACAUGACCGAUGGAUUAGGGAUACCUAGUCCUGUAGUGUUGUUCCAACAGACGACUCACUCAGGCCUUGUUCCUGUAGCAAUUCAACUAAACCAACCCAAAGGUAAAAGCAAUGAAACAAACCCUGUAUUUUAUCCAGACGACGAUACAAAUGUUUGGAAACUAGCUAAGAUGUGGUGCAAUUUAGCAGAUUCCUCGAUACAUCUGGGAAUAGUUCAUUUAGGAUUAACUCAUUUGUUAAUGGAAGGAGUAAAUAUAUCCAUGCACCGAAAUCUCUCAUCAAGACAUCCAGUUUACAAGCUGUUAGCUCCACAUUUUCACUACACCCUUGCUAUCAACGAAUUAGCAAGACUUGAUCUGUUGGGUCCUGGUGAAUAUGUCGACAGAAUCAUUAAGAUCAAGUCAGCUGGUGUUUUAAUUGAACUGGGGGAAAAGUUGGAGGUUUGGAGGCUAGACAUCGAUGGAACUCUUCCAGCAGAUCUAAGAAAAAGAGGACUUUUAUCUCCUGAUGAAAAUGGAAAUGAAAAGGUCAAUUUACCUGGAUUUUUCUAUGCAGAAGACGGUUUGCGACUUUAUUAUGCUAUCCGAGAGUAUGUAGACGAAUAUGUUAGGUACUAUUACUGUGGGGAAGAUGACAACGAAACAAAACAAAGAUUGAUUGACGACGCUGAAAUUCAGGCCUUUUGUAAAGAACUACAAAAACCACGCGCGUUUGUUGAUGGGGGAAUAGGGAUCAAAGGUGUUCCAAGUACAAAUGACAAAUUUGAGACGAUUGACCAGCUUACAGAUACAAUAACGUCAAUUAUUUACACCUGUAGUGUUAUGCACGCAGCUACGAAUUACCCAAUGUAUGAUGAAUAUGGUUUCCCACCGAAUUAUUCAACAAUGCUUCACAAAGAGCCCCCUAGUGAUGCGAAAGCUUUGACUGACCAAGAUGUCUUAGAUAGCCUUCCUUCAGUCGCAGAAACAUUUGACAUGAUGACUAUUUUCACCCGUCUCAGUCAGGAAACUACCAAACCCCUUGGAGAGUUCGAGGUUCAAUACAUAGAAGACGAAGGCGCAGUGAAAAUCCUUGAUAAGUUCAGAAGUAAGUUGGCCAAAAUUGGAAUGGACAUUGAAAAGCGUAACGAAAAGAUAAAAGAAGAAAAUGAAAGACGAAAGGCCGAUAAUGAAAUUGUAUAUCAGCGUCCGUACACCAUACUUUUGCCUAAAAAUGUACCGAAUUCUAUUGCAAUAUGACAAUAAUUUUACUCGAAAUCUUAAUAUUUGUUGAACAAAUAUAAACAGUAUUUACAACUAGAUUUGAUCAGUAUGGAUAUAGUUUAGUUAAGUAAGCUUUGGUUAUAUUGUGUUUUCAUUGAUAUACAAAAAUAUAUUGCAGUUUUCGAUAUUUCUUACAUAAAAGAUAUCAAACUUGUUUCUGCUAAGGAUUGCCUAUAUUUUCGAUUUUUUUAUGCUGUAUAUUUUUCGUCAUUCUAUUUUCUUAAUUCUAUGGAAGACUUUAAUUAUAAAUAUCGAAGACCUAUGUCAUUUUACUCGAAAUCUUAAUAUUUGUUGAACAAAUAUAAACAGUAUUUACAACUAGAUUUGAUCAGUAUGGAUAUAGUUUAGUUAAGUAAGCUUUGGUUAUAUUGUGUUUUCAUUGAUAUACAAAAAUAUAUUGCAGUUUUCGAUAUUUCUUACAUAAAAGAUAUCAAACUUGUUUCUGCUAAGAAUUGCUUAUAUUUUCGAUUUUUUUAUGCUGUAUAUUUUUCGUCAUUCUAUUUUCUUAAUUCUAUGGAAGACUUUAAUUAUAAAUAUCGAAGACCUAUGUCAUUUGAAUUCAGAUUUAUCCUUGUAUUCAUAUUAUCAUUAUGUUCUGUGUAUAUGUACAAACAUUCUGAAUUCAUAACUUGGUCCUGAUCCCUUUAAUUGAUACAUAACCGUUUAAUGAGUAUGAUAUUCUUGAAUGCGAACUUGUAACUCUCUAAAGCUGAUAAGUGUAUUGAAUUGCUAAAAGUCAAAGAGAAUAAAAAACAUUUGCAAAAAGAAAGAGGUCAACACUGUCAAUCCAUUUGGAGAACACGCUUUAAGAAUCUAAAUGGUGUACAGUUAAUAUCUCUCCUAAAGAAAAACGGAUCCAAUCAUGAUGUUGUUGGCCUUCGUAGAGUAUCGAUGUUUUAUUCGACGUAGCUUUAAUUGCCACUCGUUUAAGGAAGACAACCCGACGUUUUAAAGGGAUUCAAAUUGUUUUUGCUUAAGUUUUAGAAUAGAAUCGAUAAUAUAAACGGGAAACAUGGCAAAGAGACAGCAACCCAACUAAAGCAUCAUAUAUGAUGAACAAAUAGGACUUUUUAUCUUGAUACCAUCUUAAUUGGUAUAGUCCUAUCCUAACUAUUUUACGCGAUACAUCGACUUCUGAUAAUUGUCUUUCAAAUGGCAUAGGAACCUUACUAACAAUGAUAGCAGACAAAUAGUUUUAACGAAUGACUCAUAUGUGACUUAACAACUUUAUUUUAACGAAAUACAAAUAAAGUUUAACGCCAAAAACUAACUAUUAUGUAUUUUUCGUAAUUUUAAAUCAAAUGACGAUUAUUCAUUUGAUUUUGAUUUUUUUGUGCGGGAGGGGAAAUUUUUGAUAUUUAAUAAAUUGUUUGAAACUUAA